AUGAGAAGACCUUACGGUGGAUGGGUCGUCGGAGUCGUCUGCUGUGUUGGUGGUGAUUCGGCUUGGCUCGUCGGCGGCAGCGAUGGACCGGCUGGGCUCGUUGUGGCGGAACGGUCGAUGGUCGUUGGAGUCGUCGGAGCUGAAUGGGGGAUGGAGGCCGGAGAUGGAAGAACCGGUGGCGGUGGUAGCUGGUGGUCGAAGAAAAUAAUGAAGAAACAAGCAGAGUUAAUGAGAAGGCUUGGAGAUGGAGAAGAAGGUGGUUAUGAUGCUAUUGUCGUGGGGUCUGGAUAUGGUGGUUCUGUUGCUGCUUGUCGGAUGUCAAUGGCGGGAAUAAAGGUAUGUUUGAUUGAGAAAGGCCGGAGAUGGGAAGCUCAGGAUUUUCCAACUGACAGCUUGAAGAUCAUGUCUGCUGUGAGGAUGGAGAACCAGAACUUAGGUGUCAGCUUUGGCCCAAAAGAUGCUUUAUUCCAGGUACAUGAACAAAAUGAUUCUCUAGCAGCAGUGGCAUGCGGGCUUGGUGGAGGUUCACUUGUGAAUGCAGGAGUGACGGUGCCAACCCCAGUUCGAGCCAGAAGGAAUCCGAAGUGGCCAAAGGAAUGGGAAAGGGAUUGGGAAAAUUGUGAAGCUUCUGCCGCAGCCAUGCUGAGAAUACAAAGUGUUCCUGUCAAGUUUCCUGUUGCCAAAGUCUUGGGAGAAAUAUUAGCCGAUGGACAGAUUGAAAAAAGUUUUGAGACGUCUUCAUUGCAGCUAAGCAUGAAUUUUGGUCUUGAAGAGCCUCAAAGCAAUAUUAAUCCCUGCUUAGCCUGUGGAAACUGUCUUGCUGGAUGUCCUUAUAAUGCCAAAAGUUCUACUGACAAAAACUAUUUAGUUUCGGCAAUCCAGGCAUUAUUUUCUAGCUAUCAUUUAAUUUGUUUAUAUUAA